AUGCUGCUGGGCGAUCGCGUCGCCUCGGCUGUGGUUGAGCAGUUCGACAAUCUCAAGUCUCGUGGGAAGCCCCAAGGGAAAGAGUGGACCGUUUUGGCUGGCAUUGUGGCCCAGGACACGCGGACAGAGUGCUGCACCGCUGUGGCUGGGGCCAACUCUUCUCCUUGCUCUUGUCUGCGAGUAAUCAGCCUCGCCACUGGGAAUAAGUGCGUCGGGAGGGACAAGAUUCCCGAUGACGGGUCGGUCGUGCACGACUCCCACGCAGAGGUGCUCGCCCGACGUGCGCUUUUGCUGCGUCUUUGGAGAGAGCUGCACCUACGGGUAUCAUCCGCAGCUGGGCGGCAACAAGAUGUCACGAUCGACGAACGCAAGGGAGGAGGGACUCCAUGUAACAGCGGCCGGUCCGACGGACGUUCAACGCCAUCAUCGUCGACUACAGCUGCAACGGUGGAUGCACACCCACAACCUCCGCUGUACGGCGGGGUCCUACCUGGAGAGGACGAUGGGAGAAUCCUCCUGUUGGAGCGGAGCCCACAAGCUACAGAUGCCGGAGCUUGCAUCUCCUGGAGGUUAAAGCCUUACAUCCGCCUGCACUUGUACAUCAGCGAUGCGCCCUGCGGGGACGCUUCCAUCUACGAGCAGAAGAGGCAAGCGCCAAACGUUGGCGGCGGGGGUAGCGCUAGAUGCGGGGGUGGUGACGGUGAUCCUGGCAACGACAGCAGUUGGGACGAUGCGCCGCGCUCUACUCCUCUGGCAGGCAGUCGGAGCGAUGGCGAGAGGCGGGGGCGGGGCGAUGCCGACCGCGGCGAUGCCAAACGAGCUCGUUGCGCGGUGGCGAUUGCUGGCUUAAGUGAUGCUGUCGCGCCAUCACCCCGGCCUGAUCUGCCACUGGAUGAAGAACGGAGCUGCUCCGCGGCGAGCUUGAACCCGUUGGACUGCAAACCCCGGGAACCGGAGGAGCAACAGGUGGGCGCGCUGAGGAUCAAGUCUAGCCGGAGCAACAUUUCGGAGGAAGGGCGGACGAUGUCCAUGUCCUGCAGCGACAAGCUGGCGAAGUGGGCCUUCCUGGGUGUGCAGGGAGGAUUGUUGGCUUCGUGGGUGGAGCCGAUCUUCCUUUCCUCCAUCGUCAUCAGCGCGGACCCGCGCACGGACGGCCCAGCCCCGCUCGCAUCGGCGCUGACGAGAGCGAUUCCCGGCAGGGCGGCGUUGGCCAACCGCCGCUCGUCGUUCGACGGUACGACGGGGACGGUGGGCGGGGAGGAGCAUCUUUCUCACCCACCGAUGCCGCGGGAGGAGGAGGAGGAGAGGAUGGCAGUCUUCGUAUCCGAAGUCACGUUCGCGAGAUCAAAGGCGCAGUCGGAGCAGCGAGUGUUCGACGACGAAGGGUCAUGUUCUUCAACAAGCGGCGUUGGUUCACCCGGCUCUAUUACCCCCGCGAAAGCAACGGUAUCAUCGGUUAAAGCAUCCCCGUCGAUCGCUGAUGCCUCCAUCGCUGCCGGUUCUGCUAGACAACGCAUGCCGGGGGACAACGACAGGAGCGGUCGUGAGACCAGCCAGGGAACCAGGUCGGACAACAGCAUCAUCGGCAAGCGAUCCCGUCGUGAUCGCAAGCCGAAGAAGGUAGUGCCGAGCGGAACCUCCCUCAACUGGAUCGAAGGGCUAGGUACAGGGAGAGGGACCGGGCCCGGCGGGGGAGACACAGCUAGGAUCCAGGCAGAGGUGACCUUAUCCGCCACGGGAAGGAUGCAGGGAGCGGUGUCAAAGGGCGUGCUGACGCUACGGACCAGAUCCCGCUUGUGCCGCGCACGGUUACUCGAGGCCGCCAAUCUCGUCGCACGGGCGUACCUCCCUCAAAGAGCACCCAUGUGUGACCACCACUACAGCGACAUCGAAGGUACAGGAGAGGAGACGGAAACGGUACAAGCAGGGGAAGGCGCAUCAGGGAGCGAGGGGCCAGAAAGCGGAGGACGCUCGUAUUGGCGGCUGAAGCAGGCCAGUCGUGCCUACCGCGUGCGACGGGAGGCGAUGCUGUCCACGCCGACUUUCAGGGCGUGGCUGGUCGGGGGGAAAGACAAGCAGAGAUUCGCGGUCGACGAACGGACCGGCGUGGUGCUCCUCGCGAAGGCUCCCGCCUCCCGGCCGCCGCCGACCCGGUCUUGA